AUGGAGGACAGGCUGGGCAGGGCGCUAGCCCAGCCGAUCUUGGCGAGACUCCCAAGUUGCUGCCUCAGGAACCGCCGGCUUCUGCUGAGUGAGCGAGUCCAGAGCCAGCCCCCAGCAGAGGAGGGCCAUCCACCGCCCCUUGGGGCAGUCCCAGGCCCCUGGAAGAGCGUGGGUCUCUGCAAAGGCCGCAGGGAGUCCCUGGGGACCCUCUCAGAGACCCCAGCCGGGGAGGAGGGCCCUGCCGCCGCCCAGCUGGACGUGGCCCGUUUGCGGAGCUCCUCUGUGGAGAUCCGGGAGAAGGGCUCAGAGUUUCUGAGGGAGGAGCUGCACAGAGCGCAGAAGGAGCUGAAGCUGAAGGAUGAGGAGUGUGAACGGCUAGCCAAGGUCCGAGAGCAGCUGGAGGAGGAGCUGGAGGAGCUGACUGCCAGUCUGUUCGAGGAAGCCCACAAGAUGGUCCGAGAAGCCAAUAUGAAGCAGGCAGCGUCAGAGAAGCAACUGAAGGAGGCGUGGGGCAAGAUCGACAUGCUGCAGGCAGAGGUGACAGCUUUGAAGACCCUCGUCAUCACGUCCACACCAGCCUCCCCGAACCGGGAGCUCCACCCGCAGCUGCUGAGCCCCACCAAGGCCGGACCCCGGAAGGGCCACUCACGACACAAGAGUACCAGCAGCACCCUCUGCCCAGUUGUGUGCCCAGCCGCAGGACAUGCGCUCGCCCCGGACAGGGAGGGCAAGGAGGUAGACACCACCCUGUUUGCAGAGUUUCAAGCCUGGAGGGAGUCACCCACCCUGGACAAGACCUGCCCCUUCCUGGAGAGGGUGUACCGGGAGGAUGUGGGCCCCUGUCUGGACUUCACCAUGAGGGAGCUCUCCGCCCUGGUGCAGGCCGCUGUGGAGGACAACACGCUCACCAUCGAGCCCGUGGCCUCUAACACACUGCCCGCCGUGAAGGUGGCCGCGGACGAGUGUGGCAGCACCAACACGUGUGCCCUGAGCGGGCUGGCCCGCGCCUGCCGCCACCGCAUCCGACUCGGGGACUCCGAGGGCCACUACUACAUCUCACCAUCCUCCCGGGCCAGGAUCACAGCUGUGUGCAACUUCUUCACCUACAUCCGAUACAUCCAGCAGGGCCUGGUGCGGCAGGACGCGGAGCCCAUGUUCUGGGAGGUGAUGCGGCUGCGGAAGGACAUGUCGCUGGCCAAGCUGGGCUUCUUCCCCCAGGAGACUUAG